AUGCUGGCUCAUUCCAUCAGCACCAAGAUCAUACCGGCGGGGAAGACUCGGCUGACCGUGUACGCCGACAACUGCUCAGGGCAGAACAAAAACAACAACGUGAUCAAGUUUCUUUUGGCGCAAGUACACAUGGGAGCUCUACAGCACGUGGACUACAAGUUCUUUGUCAAAGGGCACACGAAGAACUCCUGUGACCGUGGUUUCGGCCACAUCCGCAAGCACGUGGCCAAAGCGGAUUAUUGGACGAUGAACCAUCUCGUAGAGGCUGUUAGUUCGGCGUCCAAGAGCUCAAUCACGGUGCAUCUGCCUCGCGGAAGCUCAGCGUUCAAGUCCUACAAACCUAUUCUCACCGAAUUGUACAAACGACGUGACGGCAUCCAGAAGUUCCAGAUUUUCACGAUGGACGCAUCGCAGCCGGGCGUCGUUGUCUGCAAGAAAGGCCCCGAGAGCGAACCUGUAGAGAUUAGUUUGAGCCGUCAAAUUGACGGGAUCUUCACCACGAAGGAGAAGGUGCAGCGGAUGAUGACGGACCAUAUCGAGACGCUGUCCCCUCCUGUCCGCAACACCGAGAAAAUUGAUCAAGAAGCACAAAGCUACUGCGGAUCUGCCUGCUGA